UAUGUGCAACUCCUUGUUCAGGCUUAUCUGUUGUCAUUUGGAGUACCGGAGUUAAAUUUUAUCAAUGUGUCUGCAAAAUUAUUUCUGGAUGAAAUCAAAAUGUUUGCAACUCGGGAAAUUGCAAGUAGUGCUGUAUCAGCAUUUUAUGCACAUACCUUGGAUGAAGCACUUAAUAUUGUAGAUGACUAUGAAAAGAAUCAAGUUAAAGAUGAAACAUAUAGUGCAAAAGAGUAAUAAAGGUCCACCUUGUCUACUCUCACCUGACGUACAAAAAACUAUUCUAAACAGCAAAGUUUUUAUGUAUCCUGAGUUACUACCUGUAUGUAGUUUUAGAAGACAUUUAGAUAAAAGAAAACCAAAUUUUACACCUGCAGAGGAUCACCUUAUUGCAUUAGGUUUGGAGCAGUUUUCUUCUAUAGAAAAUCCAAUUUAUUAUAUCAGAACACUUUUACUUCCUUCUAAAACAGAAAAUCAGCUAAAAAUCAGGAUUAAAAACUGCAAAAGUAGAGAAAGCCUGGAUAAUCCAAUAAAGUAUUGUUUUGCACAUAAAGAAGCUCCUCCUGUGCCACGAGUUCUUAAAAUAUUUGAUCCCCAGCGUGUAAUUGCUCCCAAAGAAUAUUCCCCUGAUAUGUUGCCGAAAUGGAUGAAACCUUACUGUGCAACAGAUCUUUCUAAUACUCAAAUGGUGACAUUCAUAGACCCAGGCGACGGUGUUUCACCUGUAGUUGCUGUUGUUCAACCUCCUCUUAUACAACAGCCAAAGCGGUACUUGCCUAUUCUACCUCGCACACUUCCCUGUCCACCUCAAAAGCAAGUAUCACCCAUUCUUCAAAAUUUCGAUAAAUCUAAGAGGUCUAAAAUCAUGCCAAAUAAAUCCAAAAAACAUGUUAUCAAUAAAUUCCGUGCUAUAAAACCUAGACCAACUGAACUGAACAUAUCUAAUUCCAAUCCUGAGACAUCAGAUUUUAAUUGUAUAAACAAUUUAAAAAUAUCUGAUGUAGCCUCAUUAAAGGACAAUGCAUUCCUCCAAAAUCAAACUGUGUGUCUGACUUCAAAGCAGAUAUCUGCAGCAGUGCCUGUGAUAAACAAUCAAGAACUUAAUCAAGCAACAUCUCUGCCUCCAAGCCAGAUAAGUGAAACUUUGCCUGUAGCAAACAAUGAAGAAUCAAAUGAAAAUCAGCCAUUUCAUUGUUCAGAUGUUAAUGAAUUUGAAGUACAAAUAAAAGCUGAAAUUUGUGAUGAAACUGAUGAUGAAGUUAUUGAUAAUAAACAAGAUUUAGUUGCUUUAAUGACUGCCAGUAACACAAUAUACAAAAAAAGACAUACGAGAAAAAAAAGAAGUAAACUUCAGAGUGACUUAGAAUCAUCUCUGGCUCUUUUGCAACCAAAUUUAAUGGAAAAUAAACAAAAGGAAAAAGAGGCACUUUUUGCAAAUUCUUACCUCUUAAGAGUGACAGAAAGAUUGAGAAGUGAUCCUGAAACUUGGGAAAGAUUUUUAAAAGCACUUUGCAAUUAUCAGAACAGCACAAAGUCCCCAGUUCAGCUAUUUUUUGAGUUAAAGGAAAUUCUUAAAAAUUACCCUGUGCUUGCGGAUGACUUUAUAGCAUUUUUGCGGCCAGAUCAAGCAAGAAAUUGUGGAAAGUAUAAGGAAUAUGUAGCAUUAAGGAAAAUACGAGAAUUCUUGCAAAGGAUUGAAUUUCUCUUCUGUUUUCAAGUAAAAAGGAAUAUUUAAUCCAGCUACAGCUGCAAGGCUCUUCUUCUAUCAUGCUUCAACUACAGGACUGAAUUAUUACAUGAAGGGGAUAAGACAAAAAUGUAUAUGGAAUGCAUAAAUGAGCAUUAGUGAAAAAUAGGCAAAACUAUUAUUUUGGAUGUAAAAUUUGAAUUAAAUUGUACAUCUUUAAUUAAAUGUUAUAAGUGCCCUAACUAAUCUUCCUAGUCUGCCCUAACCUAGUCUAAGUAAAAGAAAAAUUAAUGUAAAUGAUAUUGCACU